AUGGAAGUAUAUUUAAUAAAAAUUGUGCUUAAUAGAUAAAAACAAUAACAAUAAUUACCUGAAGAUAAUAAUGAUCUAAAAGUUAAAGCAAGUGUUUUUGAAAAAUCUCUAAAUAAAUUUAUAAUUCACAUAGCAAGAAAAUAUUCAUGGAAUCCCAUAUUAGAAGAAUACGAUGAUGCUUUGGAAAUUAAGAAAAUGGCAGUAAUGCUUAUGAUAAAGACCUAAGAAUCAGAAUAAUAAAGAACAUUAGAUUAAUGGAAUAAAAAUAUUUCCUUAAUUAGAGAAGUAGAGAGAUGUAAAUGUGUUAUAAAUCUUUUUGGAUUUUUGGGAUUGCAUAUUAAGAAUAAUAAUGCUCCAUUAAAGCCAGAUGAAGAAUCAUAAAAAAAAGAAAAAGCAUAGCUUCAACUUAUUGGCAAUUUUGACAGCAAUUUGAGAUAUUUUUUCAUGAAAUAGUAUAAUGAUGGAAAGUUACAAAAAUUAUAGGGGGCUAUGAAUGAAGAGAAAAAGAAAUUGCUGUUAGAAUCAAUAAACAAUUUCUUAAAAAAUAAUGAUGUAGCUAAAUUGAGAGCAAUAUUAGCUAAAUUUAAACGAAAUUCAAAAUUCUUUUCUAAAUUGUUUGCCACUAAAUUUGGAGGUGCCAUUGUAGCCUUCUAAAAGUGGAAGAAUUUACCUGACCUUAAAAUACAGAAUAAUUAAAAAAUGCAAGGAAGUUUGAAAGGAUAUUAGAUUUACAUUUUAGAGGAAGACUUAAGGCAACUUUAGAACCAUUAAAACAUGUGUAUCAAGAAGGUAAUAUAUUUAAAGUUUUAUUUAUUGCAUCUUUAUUAUUUUUAGUUGUAGCAAAAAAUUAUAUUGCCUCAGAAAAAUACUGGCUCUUGGCAUGGGCCAAAAUAAAAGAUUAUUCUUAUAUUGGAGAGAUAUAAAUAAAUUGCAUAAAUCAAUAGAAACUUGCAAAUAUACUGCAAAUCUAUUUUAAACUCUAGCUCUCACAUUAGCAGGACAUGUCUAAAAGAUAUUUAAACCUAAUAAAAGAUAAGAAAGUGUCUUGAAUAAAAUGUUAAUGAUAAGAUGGGUAUUUCUCCAUUGGAAAAAUUUAGUGAAGUAAUCUAAAUUUAUUCAUAACUUGAUGAUGAGAAGAAGAAGUUAUUAGUAUUUGCUCUGCAUAGAAAUUUGAGAACAAAUGAUCAAGGCAGAUUAAGAGAUAUUUUAAGAAAGUUUUAUUUGAAAAGACAGAAAUAAGCUGAAUAAAAAAAAUACAUAUCUAAUUAUUUCAUAUAUAGGUAGGGUAAAUAGAAGUUUCCUUCUAAAAAUGGAAAGCUCUACCCGAAAAUAAAGAAUUAGAUUCAUUAAAAGCAAGCGUAUUCGAAAAAUCACUAAAUAUAUUCAAAAUUCACAUGCUUAGAAAGGAUACCUUCAAUCAAUUAUAAAAUAUUGAUCUUGAUGGAUAGGCAAGAUAAAAAUUUGCUUUAAAUAAAAUGUUGUUUAUUGCAUGAGUGUUAAAAGAAAUCAUUUUUGAAAUGGCAGAAAAUUGUUGAAUUUCAUAGAGUAGUAGAUGCUUUCAAUAUUUCGGAUAAGAAGAAACUUGCAAUCUAAUUAUUCUAUUAGCAUAAAAUGAACCAAUUAAAUGUAGCCUAAGUGGAAUGGAAACGUUUAUAAUCAAAUUUGACAAAUAAAAAGGAAUCUGCUUAAGAAGGAGAAAUUAGGUUGAACAGAGAGGCUAUAUUGUUAUUUUAAAAUUUUGGGAAAAUAAAAUUAAGAAUAUAUUUCCAAAAGAUGGAAUAUGAGAGCUGUCAAGAAGAAUAUGGUCUCAAACAAGAUAGGGAAUUAAUGAAAGAAGCUUUGGAUAUUUGGAAAGGACCUAAACUUUACAAUAAAUUGUUCUAGAGGGUAGCUGAAAUGAUUGCUAAGAACACAAAUAUCACUCCUUAAAUAGCCUUUUGGAGAAUGAGGGACAUUUCAACUACAUCAAAAGCAGCCAGCUUGAAUUCUUUAUAAAUAGUUAAAUGCAAAAAGCUGAUAAAUAAUUUACUAAAGGCAUAUGACAGAGUUAGAUAAAGAGCAAUAACUAAUAUUGAACAUUAUGGAAGAGGGAUUACGGAUACAAGUUCAUUCCAACCAUCUCAUUCAAGCUUCCUAUAAUAGACUCCUGUUAGAGAUUCUUUAGGAAAAUCCUAAAUGGAAUCAAUUUUAUUAAAGAAUAGUCAAUAUCUAGCCAAUUAAUCUGAUCAUGAGUUGCUGAAGAAAAUGAAUGAAUUAAUUGAAGAAAAUAGUAGAUUAAGAGACCAAGGAACUUUUGAAGAGAGUAUGAAUUCUAAGGAUUAAUAAAUCAACGAAUAGCAAAGAUUAAUUUAAGAUUUAAAUACAAGACUUGAUAGAUUGAGAGGUUAAGGUAUAUAUAUAUAAAGAUAAUAUUAUUAUAGGAUAAUAAAGUCUUUAGAAGAAUAUGAGGAUCAUUUAGUUGAAGAUGGGUUUAUUACCAUUAAAGUGUAGAAAAGAGACUGA